GCAAUAUUUUUACCACCAAGCAUAAUUUCUUUUAAAAUUUGGGGAAGUUUCAAAUUGCAAUCGUAAAAUAAAAUAUGUAACUACACUACUUAUGGAUCGCCGCUUUUUGAUGAAAUCCGAAAAAGAAAAUCGGUCCCAACAAAUAAAAUCUUCUUCAAUCUCUCGACGAUUCAAAAUACAGAGGGAAUACAACCUAUAUCUUGGAAAAUUCUGACUUGCUUUAAGUGUUUGCAGAGAAACCCCAGUACGCGGUGUCGAUCUGCCCACGUCAGGUGAUUUAAUGUUUCAGCGGAAUCGGUUUCGAUUUGGCUGCAAAAUGUCGAAAUAUAGCUGCAAAUCUCGUAAAUACAAUGCUGUCUGGACAAAAAAACAUGAGUAACUUAUCCAAAUUUUCUUGUUUGGGAUGAUUCGGAGUACAAGACUUGAUUAUUUCCCCCUGGGGAUAGGCUUUUCAGUCUUCUUUUGAAAAAUGUGGGAUAUCUUCAGCUUCACAGCUUUCAGACAAAUAUCGCAAAUGCUGUUUGCGAUAUUCUUCUUUCACAGUUCUGAGUUUCUUCUAGCAGUUUACUUUCACGGGAUUCAGAAAGUAACUCCGAAUACCCUUUUACUCAGCAUUGAAUAUGUUAUGGCAAUGAUCUUCUCCCUGGUCGAGUAUUUGGUUGAAAUACAUUUCUUUCCAGAGAUGAAGGAACAGUGGGCAAUAAGCAACAUGGGUCUUGCCUUGUUAGUAGUUGGUGAAAUCAUACGAAAGUUGGCUAUAAUAACUGCUGGUAGGUCCUUCACUCAUCUAAUAAAGAAAUAUAUUGAUGAUGAUCAUGUAUUGAUCACUCAUGGGCUCUACAAGUAUGUCCGGCAUCCAAGUUACUGUGGCUUCUUUCUCUGGUCCAUUGGUACUCAAAUAAUGCUUUGCAAUCCCCUAUGUACGCUUGCAUUUGCGCUAGUGGUUUGGAAAUUUUUCCAUAUGAGAAUACCAUAUGAAGAGUUUUUCCUGAGGCAGUAUUUUGGUUCUCAGUAUGAGGCGUAUGCUAGACGAACGUCCUCCGGUAUCCCAUUUAUAAAGUAACGACCUUUACCCUAUAUAGUUUCAGUUUCAGCCAUGUAUCACGUUUAGAUAGAACAUGAUUGUUAAUAGCUGUGGUCUCUCACCUUGUUAGCUUUUAGCUAUUGUUAUCUAAAAGCCGUUUGCGAGGAA